AAUUUUACUUUUGCCCUUCAGCAGUAAGUUGUGAUAUGUAAACUAAGUUUUUAAUUCAUUUUACGUUGUUAAUUUUAUCAAAAAUAUUAAUUAUUAACCUCAUUUUGAAAAGAAAUUUGUUUGGGUAAAUUAUAUCUGUAAUGCCAGCUUCUAUUAUGUCUGACGAGAAGAAAUUUUGGACUGCUCCUUUUGACCCAAGAUUUCCUAACACAAACCAAACUAAGCACUGCUGGACAAACUAUAUUGAUUAUCAUCGCUGUCACAAAGUUAAAGGAGAAGAAUAUGCCCCAUGUGAAUAUUUUAAACGUGUUUACCAAUCACUUUGUCCUACUGAAUGGGUUGAAAGAUGGGAUGAGCAACGUUCAGAAGGCAGAUUUCCUGGGCGAAUAUAGGAAUGUUUAUAGCACUAAUAUGCAUCUUUGAAAAAUUAUGUAUCUUUUUGGUUAUUUUCACAUGAAGCGAUUUUGUCAAGUCAUAGAAUAAAAAUAUUCAGUGUAGAUUUACAUUUGAAUUUCCUUUUUUUUAAACUGAAUUUGAGUUGAUCUUGCUAAUUUUGUUUGAGUAAUUUUUCAUAAUUAUACCUAUUACAUAAUGUUUUAAAUUAUAUCUACUUAUCUUUUAUUAGAAAAUAAAAUUGGUUAUUUAUGCUUGA